AUGUCAUCAACAACUAUUUACCCAAAAAGACAAACAGAGUCGAUUCCGUUUAGCCAACAGUUGGAAGUCAUCAACAAAGUGAGUCUCAAUAACUCGAAAAAUCAACAACAAACUGCUAAAUAUCAUCAGAACUAUCACCACCAGAAUAAUAGAUUCCAAGGUAACCAUCACCAUGGCAAUAGCAACCACAUGAACAAGGGUGCCCAUGGUUCUAAUGGGUAUAAUAACCAUCAUUUGCAGCAGCAAAAUAAGUAUGCGUUGGCAGCUGUUGCAGCGGCAGCGGCAGUUCAACACCAGCAACAACAAACAUUCUUGUUGCAACAGCAGGCUGCAUUGGCGAAGAAGCAGCAACAGCAACAGCAACAGCAGAAACAACAGUUGCAGCAACAACAACUUCAACAACAGCAGUAUCAAUAUCAGCAGUAUCAGCAACAACAGCAGCAGCAACAUCAUCAUCAACAUACUCAACAGCGGUAUCAACCCAUGAGUGGAAAUCAAUUUCUUCAACAACAGAAGUAUCAAGGAUAUUCCCACCCUGCUCAAGAACAAGGGUUUGCUUCUUACAGCAUCCAACAGCCGCAAGUAUUCACACAACCGCCUCCUCAAGUAUUUGCUGAUCUCAACAAUUCAUCAUUACUUGAUCAAAAUACCACAGGAGGAAGUGGACAGUCCCAAUUGAAGACCAACUUUUUGAUGUCGAAUGGAAGCUCAAACUCUGUCAACUCUUCGACAUCUUCGUCAAAUUCAACACCUACUGGUUAUCAACGAGUGUUUGACAAUGGUUCAGUCAAGAGUUUUGAAAAUAGAGGAUCGAUUGACAAGAGCUCACCCCCAAAUUUGUUUUUGCCCACCAAUGUAUCAGCCAUGAGUGGUGCACCAUUCCUCAACUCUCCCACUUUAGCAACCACUCCUACUCAGGGCAAUAUCUGGAAUGAGGCCAACAACAAUGGAAAUUCUACUCCAACUACUGCUGCUUCGUCUGGGUCAAUCUGGGCUAAAAGCACUGACGGUUCCGGGUUGUUGGGUACCGCCAAAAACACAAGUAUGAAUACAGGUCCAAUUUCAAGCUUUGCCGGAUCUAAAAUUUGCCUUCGAGAGCAAAUCAUGAGUGAUCAUAAGUUUGAUGCCGAGUCCAAUGACAAAGAGGCGAUUAUUUCCAUCCAAUCAAACUCCUACGACAAUGCUUUAGAAUUCCUCAAAGAACAUAAAGAGGUGGGCACUAUUGAUCAAGGUAAACUUGUUCGUAAACUCGACUGGAUCAUUUUACCCAUACUCUGUGGAAUCUACCUCUUGCAAUAUUUGGAUAAAUUAUUGCUCAAUUAUGCGGCGGCAAUGGGCAUCAAGGAGAAUCUCAAAGGAAACGAAUUUGCCAAUUUGUCAACAAUAUUCUACGCUGCUUAUAUUUUUGGAGAGCCGUUUGUCACUUAUUGUUUGCAGAAAUUCCCCCUUGGCAAAACCAUGGGUGUUUUCAUUAUACUAUGGGGCGUGGUUGUUGCAUGCCAUUCAGCAACGUCAACGUAUGCGUCAUUGAUGGUGGUGAGAACAAUCUUGGGAAUAUUUGAAUCCUCCAGUGCUGUUGGUUUGAUAAUCAUUAGCGGAUUGUACUAUACAAAACGACAACAAGUGGCACGUAUGGGAAUCUGGUCGGUAAUGGCUGGUGUUGGUACAAUAAUUGGUGGGUUGUUAUCGUUUGGGUUCCAGCAUAUCAAGAGUACAACAUUCAAAUCAUGGCAGAUCCUAUUUCUAGUAAUGGGGGUCAUAACUGUUGUCUUUGGGAUCAUUGUGUUUUUCUUUCUCCCCGAUAACGUGCAUACAUGUUGGUUCUUAAAUGAAAACGAAAGGUUGUAUAUUUUGGAAAAUGUUGUCAGGGUGAAUCAAACUGGUACAAAGAGCACAAAGUUCAAAAGACAACAAAUUUUUGAACUCGUGCUUGACAAGUUUACUUGGCUCUACAUCCUUUUAACACUUUGCUCUCAAAUAGUCACUGGUGCAAUUGGGACUUUUAGUGUAACCAUUACAUUAACAUUUGGCUUUAAUAAUUACCAGUCUGCUUUGCUACAGUUGCCCGUUGGUGCCUUAAUUGUUAUAAUAAUUAUAACCACAACUCAACUUGUUGCUCAAUUUGGUCAUCACACCUUGUUUUUGACAUCAAUGUUUUUUCCAACCAUCAUUGGUGCUAUUGUGUUGAUCAUUUCACCCAACAAGGUUGGUAACUUGUUAUCGUUGUAUUUGUUAUACAGUGGGUCCUCGUGUGUUACGUUAAUUUACGCAUGGAUAGGAGCAAACACAGCUGGGGCAAGCAAGAAAUUUAUGCGCAGUGCUCUGGUUAUGAUUGCAUUUUCAGUAGCAAACAUUAUCGGACCUCAAUUAUUUCAGGCAUAUAGUGCACCCGACUAUCAUCCAGCAAAAAUUGUCAUCUUGGUUACCCAAUGUUUAUGCGUACCGUUGACCUUGUUCAUUGGAUGGAUGCUUAAACGCGAAAACAUGAAAAGAGAGCAAGAUCAAACUCAAGAGAUUGUUGAUGAUAUUGAAUUCUUGGAUAAAACUGAUAUUGAAAAUAGACAAUUUAGGUAUAUAUACUAG